GCCAUUCUCACUUCGUCAUCGUAGCGGAUUACGAACGACGGAAAUAAAUUCUCUAAUUCUAAUCAGCCCCGACAACGGAAUUACGAGUCGGUGCCGCGGAUCAGCUGGCAUUUAAAUGACAUGACAAGUCGAAGGAGAAUCGAUCGAAUGCAGACAAUCUGGCGACGAAAUCUCACGGAGGCGAGAUAAACUUAAUCGAUCGGCGAUCAACGUACUCCCCAUACCCCCGCACGAUGAAUCGCCAUUAGAUCUCUAUGAUCGAAAUGAAAAUUAGUGAGAAAAGAAAAAAUAUAGGUAGCAAAAAACAGGUUUGUCCAGUCUUGCAUCGCGAAAACAGCGAAGUCAUCCUGAACUACCGGUGUUUAAAAAUAUACAUCUGGUGAAAUACAAAAAACAAAGGCGAGGGGAAGAAGACGGAAUAAAUGAGCGAGGGGACUGGAUUGAAGAAGAGAGAAAAAGAUAGAGAAAGGAAAAGAAGCAUUAUAUGCACGGCCGCUUGUAUUCUCACCAGCCGGCGAUACGCAUACAUACGUAUAUAUGUACGUAUGUAUAUCUGGCGGAGGCCCCUGAUACGCGUUGGUGCUCGGUGAAUUACGCUUCAGUCUCGAGACCAACGGACCGUUGUGUGGAUUGAAUACGACGGGUAGUCCGUCAGUUUGACGUAACAUAAAGUGCAGCGAUAACGUUCGGUAUUUUUAGUUGCCAUUUAACGAAUUGGUACGUCGUCUAUUCAGAGGCACUCAUAAUGGUCGGUGACCUUGGACUGGUUGAAGUGCUUUGCGCUCUCGGGCUUGUUUGCAUCUGGAUAUGGUACUACCUCGGGGCGACGUACGGCUUCUGGAAGAAUCUAGGUGUUCCGGGGCCCGAGCCUCUCAAAUUGUACGGAAAUUUUAAGGACAUCACGUUGGGGAGGGCCGCUUUCGGACCGGCUUUGAAAGAGAUGUGCGACCCGUAUCCCGAAGCGGCGAUGGUCGGCAUAUACGCUCGACGUACGCCUAUCCUGCUCCUUCGAGAUCCCGAACUCAUAAAGGACGUUCUGAUCAAGGACUUUUCGACAUUCUCCGAGAGAGGUACACCGGUGAACGAGAAACUGGAACCGCUCAGCGUUCACCUUUUCAACUUGGAAUCUAAGAGAUGGCGGUUUCUCAGGCCAAAAUUAUCUCCAGCGUUUACAUCGGGGAAAAUGAGGCACAUGUUUUCCUUGAUACUGGAGUGCGCCAAUUAUUUCGAGGAGUAUUUGAACCGUCUAGCGGAUAAGGGAGAACCAAUAGACUGCCGGGAGAUAACGGCUAAAUUCACGACCGAUGUCAUAGGCAGCUGUGCUUUCGGCCUCCAAAUGAACUCACUCGCCGACGAGGACAGCGAGUUCCGAAAAAUGGGAAGAAAGGUCUUCCAAUUCGAUCGAAGAUCGAGGAUCCUGAUGACCAUACGUAACGCCGCACCUUGGCUAUACCAAUUACUGGGAAAACCUGUGCUCCCAAAAGAAGUCACGGAAUUCUUUGUGUCGACCGUGAAGCAAACGAUGGACUAUCGAAGAGAGAACAACGUGAAGAGAGGAGAUCUCAUUGACAUGUUGAUGGAAAUCAAAGACAGUCCGGAAAAAUCAGAUUGCGAACUUACGGACAAUUUGAUCACCGCUCAGGCCUUCGUAUUCUUCGUCGCUGGCUUUGAGACUUCGUCAACGACCAUUAGUCACGCUUUGUACGAGCUGUCCCAACGCCAGGAUCUUCAAGAUAAAUUGAGGAAAGAAAUAAACGAAUCUCUAAAGAGCAACAACGGAAACAUAAGCUAUGAAAGUAUCAAAGACAUGAAGUACUUACACAUGGUGUUUCAAGAAACUUUGAGACUGAGGCCUCCGGUUUACUUUCACAUGAGAAAGGCGAUCGAAAAGUACACUUUCAGGGACAAUGGUAUCACGAUUCCAAAGGGUCAGAGAGUGUGGAUUCCGGUAUGGGAGAUCCAUCAGAAUCCGGAGCAUUACCCGAAUCCGGAAGUAUUUGAUCCCGAGAGAUUUUCAGCGGAGAAUAUUGCGGCCAGGCAUCCGAUGACGUAUCUACCAUUUGGCGACGGACCCAGAAAUUGCAUCGGUGCGCGUUUCGCCGUCUACCAGACGAAAUUGGGACUGAUUAAAAUAUUGGCGAACUUCAAAGUAGACGUUUGUGAGAAAACUCAAAUACCGUACGUACCCAGCCCUAAGGGAAUACUGCUUGAUACGACCGAAGGAAUCCACUUGAAAUUCAUCAAACUUGAUCAAUCACAAUCAUAAAACUAUACUCUUUUGAUAGAAUUAUAAAAUGUGUAAUAUCGAUUGAUACUCAAUAACUAUUUACAUUCGUAAUGAUAAUAAAGGUUGUAAGACAUGA